GUUGUAAACGGUUCAAAAUCGGUGUCGACGGGCUCAAAGAAAAAAGAAAUGGCGACAGAAGAUAUUUAUUUACCUCCUGAUGAGGAACUCACCGUGCCCGAGGUGAAUUUAUCGAGUCCGGCAUUAAGAGCUGGAUCCUUUCAUAUGGGCAAAUAUUGUGAAAAUCAAAACAAUGAGUUUAUGCUAUGCCGAGAUGAGUUAGAUGAUCCAAGAAAAUGCAUAGCAGAGGGACGUGCUGUUACUGCUUGCGCUUUAGAAUUCUUUAGAAAAGUCAAAAAGUCUUGUUAUGAAGAGUUUACUCAAUACACGACAUGUUUGGAUAAGAGCAGUGGUGAUUUGGCCUUUAAGCACUGCCGAUUAACACAAGGCGUUUAUGAUAAAUGUAUGUUGGAUAACUUGAAUCUGGAACGUCCUCCAUAUGGAUAUUUCUGUCGUGUAAGAGUUCAUCACACAGAUCGUCCUGAACCUGAAAAGCCGGGCAAAGUUGUUUAUGCUGAUGCUACUCCUGGUCUACCAGAUGACUAUCCCCGAACACCAGCUAAAUUUGGAGCCAGAUUCCACUGGAUGGAGUAAAUCAUUUAAAAUUUUUUUGUUUAGAAAAUUAAAUAGUCGCGGAAUUUCGUGGAUUUCAAUAAAAAUAUUGAAAGAAUUACAAAUAUA